AUGUCAGACGUGAUAGAAUAUGUCUUUUACUCGUACAAGCCGUCCAUGGCUGGUGCUGUCAUAUUUGUCAUAUUAUUCGCCAUUGCUGCUCUUUAUCACAUUUGGCUCCUUGUAAAAAAUCGAGUCUGGUAUUUCAUCCCUUUUGUGAUAGGAUGUCUCUUCGAGGCUGUUGGUUACAUUGGACGCGCCAUGUCCUCUACGGAAUAUCCCAACUUUACAAAGAACCCAUACAUCAUUCAAUCAGUCCUGCUGCUACUCGGCCCGACACUAUACGCCGCCUCGAUUUACAUGAUUCUCGGACGUCUCAUCGUGUUACUCGAAGCCGACAACUACUCCAUCAUUAGGCCAAAGUGGCUGACAAAGUUCUUUGUCCUUGGCGAUGUGUUGUCUUUCUUUGCUCAGGGAGGAGGAGGUGGUCUGUUGACCACGGCCAAGUCCCAAGCCGACGUACGACGCGGCGAGAACAUAAUCCUCGGCGGUCUGGGCAUCCAAGUGCUCUUCUUUGGCUUCUUCAUCAUCACGACGGCCGUGUUCCACCGGCGCAUCCGCAACGAGCCGACGCCCAAAUCGCUGCGCGUCGUGGCGCCGUGGCGGAAGCUGCUGUACGCCCUCUACAUUACCAGCAUGCUCAUCAUGGUCCGGUCCAUUUACCGUGUGGCCGAGUACGCCGAGGGCCAGGGCGGCGAGCUGCAGUCCAAGGAGUUUUGGCUCUACAUUUUCGACGCGCUGCCCAUGGUGGUCGUGGCUUUUGCCUUUAUCUGGAUGCACCCCAGCAAGGUCAUUAGCCGCCAAUUGGCCAUGGAUCCCGAGUACGCCAUGGAGGAUGGAAUCGGCCGAACCGCGCAACGAACCGAUUACAAGUGA